CAAUUAGCAAAUCAGUUGAAUGUUUCAAUUCAACUCGAUCAUUAAGUUAAUUUUCUGGUUUCAAUUUGCGGUGAGACUCAGUCAGUGGGAGGAAGAGGAGUUAAAGUGACUUGAGAGAUUAAGGUUCCAUUGCAAUAACAUCAUCGCCAUCGCCAUCCUCAUCUUCGUCCUCAUCUUAAGCAUCCUCAUCACCAACAAAAGCAUAGAUCUAUUAAUAGUCAUUUUUAAUUGAUCAUCAUCAUCAUUAUCUAUUCAUUAUCCUGUGGUUAAUUCUUACUCAAACUAAACCUAAAAUUAGACGCAAGUCAAGUUGUUACUUUGAUUCGAGUCUGUGCAACCAGAAAAUAACAAAUAAUUUAUUUUGGUCUCUUUCAAGUCCUUAAACAAUCAAUUACCUUGGAGUUAAUUCACUUGUGAUUUAUUCCUCUUCCUCUUAAUCGUCAUUCUAACCCUGUGCUAAUCAACUGUGCUCUUUGUCAAUUUAAUCUGUGAUCUCAUCUACAAUUAACUCGCACUUCCAUUAACUUAAAUAUCUAAGGUUUCUAUUAAGUGUUUCACUUAUUUGUCCACCGAGAGAUUCAGACAACAAUUAUAAUGGAACCCAAUUGGGUUGAAAAUCUACCUGAUGCUAAUUACGAGUAUAUGUUUGGAAUCCGAAAACCUCACUUCGAUUCACUUCGAGAUGCGCUCGGACGUUCGGGAUUCUAUGCUUCCUGUGAUUUAGCUCUUUACCUGAUCAAACUGAAACACGGUUUACCCAAUCGUUUAUUAGCUUCAAUGUUUCGAUGUCCUUUAGCCGAUUGUAAUGCUAAAAUCGAUCGAAUCAGAUCAACACUUAGAUCAGAAUUUUCUUACAAAUAUAUUGGUUUCAAUCGGACCAGCCGAUCGUUCAUCAUGACCAAACAAACCCGUCGUGAUAUAGUCCAUGGGUUGAAUGUUCCUAAAGAUUCCGUUUUCCUGAUAGAAGAUGGGAUUCCCUAUCUGAUCCCGAAUGAAAGUGACUCACUGCCCAAACAUUUAUCGCUCGAGUCUAUUAUUGUCUUCAGUUCCACCGGACAUAUUGUUGACGUAACAGGGCCAGCGAUUCUUGAGGAGAUUCGAGUCAAUAAUGUUGUCACAAACACGAACGGUCGAACUCCAGGCGACGGAUCUUCAUUCGAUGGAAACAGUUACGAAGACAUCAGCAUUAACCUUAAAAAUAGAUCUGAAUGGUUGCAAGAGAAUGAUAUUAUCGUGUCAAGUGCAGUUACUCGAGGCUUAAUCGAAUCCUUUGUUAAUAGUGAGCUGAACAGCAACAGUCCAAUUGGAUCAUCACCUUCAUGUGAAUACUUUCAACCUUAUGUACCUAAAAAUGGCUCUUUUAUGGACCAUCAUGAACUUGAAGGACUUCGAAGUUGGAUUGGACUGAUUCGAGCGAUAAUUCGACAGGUCAAACAUCGAAUAAGAAGCUUCAAAGCGAUCGAAAAACCUUGUUGGCAAGAUCGAUUACAUCUCAACACUGACCUUAUCAAUGUGUGUGCGAUGAUCAAUUGUUUCCAAAUGAUAAACAUUCCUCUUUGUGACGACACCUUUGACCCAACUUCCUCCCCUGAAUAUCGAAGGUGGAACUUUAGUCAUGGUAAACCGGAAGGACCUUCACUUCUUGAUGAAGCUGAUUUUCGACGAAUCUCAAAAAACCAUGUAUCCUUCCCACCGAUGUCACGGGAAGAUAUUCGUGAUCAUACUCUACAAAUAUAUCAAGUCACAAGAAGCUACGGCCUGAUGAGGUCACUUUCUUGUUCAUCGUCCUUCGAAACUCUUAACUCACCGAACAUCAAAGAAGUUUUCAUCUGGGAGCCAUGUGAUCACCAAAUUAUGCUUAAGGUCAAUUUAUCCUCUUCCCAUUUCGAAUCAGAGUUUACUGCUCACUUUUGGUACUCGUUCAAACACAAUGAGACCAAAAUCGGUUGGAUUUGUGGUUGUGAUGUAGGAAAAUUAGGUUCUUGGUGUUGUAAUCAUGUAGCGAGUGUCCUAAAGGACCUCGGCUAUCGUUAUCAUCCCUAUGGACCACCUAAUCUUGUUGUUCUAGUUCAUUAACCAUCUCAUUCAUUAUCGGUACCCGAUGUUAUCACAAUGUUACCAUGACCCAUGAAAAAAUCUCAAAAGCCAAAAAUUUUAUAAAAACUACAAAAUCUUAACUAUGUUAUGUUUUAAGUACAAAUAGUUUAAUUUGCAAAAAAAACGACAAAAUUUAAAAUGAUCUCAUGUUAUUGUAUCAUCCAUGAAAAAAAUGUUACCAAUAAUAAAUCUAUUAAUAUGUGUAUUGUUAUGUUCAAUUCUCAUAAUAAACAACGUCAACUUUAAUCAAA